AUGCUCAAGAUGGCUUUUACUGCCUACUACAGGCGACUACGUUCCUUAUAUUUAUUCUUCAUUCUUCUUGCUAUUGCAUUACUUUUCUUAAGCAGUCGUGAAAGCACCAGGGCGAUCCUUCUUGGAAAGGAACCCAUAUGGCAGAAUCUUUUUACCGACGACGACGACCUAUUGUGGUGGAAUGAUCGUUUCCCCUGUGAGAAGCACGAACCCAUACGCAUUGCCAUUGUCGAGUCCGCUGGUGUCCACGACGAAGUGACGGCGGCGCUGGUAUAUGCUUUUGGCGGACACCCAAACGCAGAACUGAGGCUCUAUUUUGCUCGCCAGCGCUACAAGUCUGAUGUUAUUAUCAACGACCUUGAGCUAGAAACGCCAAUUCUAUCAGUUAACAACUCCAACACUUUCAAGGAUGAUGUCAAGAAUCUUCCUCCUCCUCAUUUUGUUAUUUCUACAACCUGUGAAUUAGACAUGGAAAAGCGAGAGUCAAUAGUUGAUCCUCUCCGGCACCUUCUUCACAACGAAACAACACACCUCUUCUGCUUAGUCCAUCAUGCCGAUUACUGGAACAAAGGCAAGCAUGUCGACGUCGUCCGAGAAUGGGUUGACCAAGAGAGAGUUGAUUUUAUCGGCCUCAGUCAACAUACUGUUGACUACCUUCUACAAAAAUCUGUGACCCAGUGGCAAGACUUGCAGGCAAGCGUCACCGCACGAACGUUUCCUCCAGUUUUCCCGGUUAAUCAGACAGACGUCGAAUCUUCAAGCGAAGUUUCGCUAGCUAUGCAGGGAGACUACGCUCCCGAACGUCGAGAUUACAAACGAAUCUUCGGCAGCCUAGACAAUGUCGUCAAAAAGAUAAAUGGAACGGCCGCUACGACGAGCGACCAAGCUGCAGAGACGGUCAAAUUACACUUGAUUGGACAUGGCCCGCACGUUCAAGUCCCUGAGAAUAUUCGCAAUAACGUUGCGUUUGACGAAGAUCUUUCAUAUCCCGACUUUUACAGACUGCUCUCAAAGUCAUAUGCAGUGAUUCCUGCAUUUGCAUCCGAGACAUACUUGGAUCGCAAAGCUUCUUCUACGGUCCCUGCUUCGCUCAUUGCAGGAGUCCCUUUGGUAGCGAGUGAAAAGAUCAUCGCAGCUUACUCAUAUCUACCGCACGAUGCGGUCUGGCUAUCAGAGCCAGAUGAAAGAGAAAUGGAGACAGUUGAAAGAGUAGUUGGGGACAGGAAAGCAUAUCUGGAUAAGAAGGACAAGGUCAAGGCUGCAGCCAAGAAACUAAUGAAACAGAAUCGACUGAAUGUGAGGAAAUGGAUGGACGAGGAUUUUAGAAAGAGCGGUAUUGUUCCGGCAGACACUGGCUCAUCAUGAUGAUGCCCUACAGCGAUGUUCUACAGCAUUUUAUUUUGAAUAAUUUUGGAGGUACUCUCUUUUUUUGCUUCUUG